AUCAUAUAAUUGGUUCUUUUAUCAUAAAAUUUGACCAAUCAGCAUUUUUUGACAUGAUGCAUGCAUAAAUAGAAAUAAUAUUCUGAAAAUAAUAUCGUUAAUUAUUGAUUUGGUUAGUAUAUUAUAACUACAUUGUAUACUCACAUUCCAUUCUACGUAUUUUUUUUUAACUGUGUAUAUAGGGAGACUCUUGAUUGGUCUAUAUUUUAUUAUAUUUUCGAUAAUAAGAAAUAUAUCGAUGAUAUCGAUAUCAAAUUCGAUAUCUCGCAAGCGUCAUAAAAGUUUGACCACUAAUAAUUACCGCCAGAACACAAACAAUAAUUCAACUUUUAAAUAACGGAAUCGUACUGUCUUAUUUAUAAAUAUUUGUAUUUAUUAAUUUUUUGGUGCUGUUAAUUCGUAUAUUAUUUAUAUCAUGGAUAGUAAAUAUUCUGAUGCUGUAUAUACAUGGUUUGAAAGAUGUGGUAUUAUAUCAAAUAUAAGAACACAUCUUCGUAAAAAUUUAGUAAAUGCUUUAAAAUAUAAAGAUUUAUCUUUAAAGGAUUACUGCAGUAAACCGAAACCAGCGAAACAAUAUGUUUUCGACUUUCUUGUAGCAGAGUAUUUAUUUAAUGUUAAUUAUGCUUAUACUUUAUCUGUAUUUGCUAGCGAAGCUCCACUUUUAAUACAGUUUGAUAAUCAUAUACCUGAUAGUUAUGAUGAUAAAAAAAAAAGCAGUAGACAAAAAUUACAAAAGGAUUAUAUAUAUCAUACAUUAGAGACUUUAGGUAUCGGACCAAGUGAUCCUGAAGGACAAUUUAUUAUGUCAGAAUAUAUAAAUAAUGAUGCACCAUUACUUUCAUGUAUAUUAAAGUGUAUAUCAUUUUGUUCAUUGGAUCUAAACAAAAUUCAAAGUUUUAAAAAAGCUAAAUCAAUGAGCACGAAAGAAACGCAAACAGAUACUUCUUUGCAAGCAAGUAUGGACAUAGAAAGAUUAAGAUCUAUCAAAAAGAAAAUAUUUAGGCAAAAACAAAUUUUUGAUGCUCAAUUAAAAGAAAAAGAAAUUGGAUUAAAAAAUCGUGCUAUUAUUAUUGAAGAGCAACUUAUUUCUUUAAAUGAAAAACUAGAAAAAGCACAGGAACUAAUGUAUAUGGUUACUUUAAAAGAACAGCAAUUACAAGAAAAAAAACAGAAAGAAGAGCAAGAUUUGUUUCAAAAAGAAAUUGAAUUAUCUUUUAAACACAAUGCAUUAUUAUUAGAAAAUGAAAGAUUUAAAAAAGAACAAGACAUCUAUAAGAAUUAUGAACGCCAUUUGGAAAAAUUACAAGAAGAACUUGCUGUAACAAAGAAAGGUUUUUCCUCUAAUUGUGAAUUAAGGGAUACAGGAAUACAAACAAGUUCUAAUAAUGGUUUGGGUGAUAAAAGUAAAGAUGUGCAAUUUAAUGAAGAGAAGAAAGAAUUAGUUAAACUUUUGCAUGAUCAACAAUUAAAGAUAGAUGAAUUAACACAAUAUGCAAUUCAAUUAUCACAUAGAUUGGAAGAAAUUCAUCAGUCGAGAUCUACAUUAAUCGAAGAUACUGCAGUACCAAAAAAAACUGUAUAUACUAAUACUAUUGUCAGUGAAAGUAGUUCCACUGAGGAUAUAUUGCAAGAUGCUAAAUUACGUCUGAAACGUUUAGAAGAAGAAAGUAUAAAAGCUGAUAGGUUUUAUUAUAAUUGUAUUGCUACUUAAUUAUAAUAUGUUUUAU